AUGGCAUCAGGGAAUGAUACAGACAUUUUUACGUUUCUUCUCCUGGGAUUCUCAGAGGACUCUGCGCUGCAGCCCCUCAUAUUUGGGCUCUUCCUCUCCAUGUACCUGGUCACUGUGGCUGGGAACCUGCUCAUCAUCCUGGCCAUCCUCUCAGAUCCCCACCUCCACACGCCCAUGUACUUCUUCCUCUCCAACCUGUCAUUUUCUGAUAUCUUUCUCACCUCCACCACCGUCCCCAAGAUGCUGGUGAACAUCCAGAUGCAGAGCCAAGCCAUCAGUUAUGCAGGCUGCGUCACCCAGAUGUUCUUCUUCUUACUUUUUGUAGAAUUGGACAACUUCCUUCUGGCUGUGAUGGCCUAUGACCGGUUCGUGGCCAUCUGUCACCCUCUGCACUACAUGGUCAUCAUGAACCCCCGGCUCUGUGUGCUGCUGGUUCUGGCCACUUGGAUCACCACUGCCCUGCAUGCCUUGUUACAAAGCUUAAUGGUGCUGCGGCUGUCCUUCUGCACACACAUGGAAAUCCCCCACUUCUUCUGUGACCUGGUUGAGGUGGUGCACAGUGCCUGCUCUGACAGUUUUCUUAAUGAUCUCAUGAUCUAUUUUGCAUCUGUGUUGCUGGGUGGAGGUCCCCUGGCUGGGAUCCUUUACUCCUACUCUAAGAUUGUCUCCUCCAUCCGUGCCAUCUCCUCAGCUCAAGGGAAGUAUAAAGCAUUCUCCACCUGUGCCUCUCACCUCUCCAUAGUUUUCUUAUUUUAUUGUAGUGGACUAGGUGUUUACCUUAGUUCUGCUGCCAUCCAAAAUCCAUACUCAACUUCAAUGGCCUCGGUAAUGUACACUGUGGUCACCCCCAUGCUGAACCCUUUUAUCUACAGCCUGAGGAAUGAAGACAUAAAGAGGGCUCUGAAAAGGUCUUUAGGAGGGAAACCCUAA